AUGAAAACCCUCCUCUGCAGCUCCCAGCAAGGCCCAGUGCAGGGGGAGCCGACCCUGAUCGUCCGCGCGGGCCAUCAUCUCCGCCACACUCGCGCGGCCACCAUGGUCCACCAGCGCGCGCAGUCCCUCGAGAUUCCCAUACAAGCUAGCAAUAUGCCAAGCGGUCACCCCCUUGCUAUCUUUAAUGAUGCACUCGUCAGGGGGCCACCUAUAGUCAUCGGUCCAGCUCUGUCGGGCAUGCACGUCAGCUCCGGCGGCGAUCAGACGGGCCGUCAUACGGUAGCUCGCAUGCGGAAUUGCGGCGCCGAGAACCGUAUACAUAAACUCCCUUUCCGCUGUAUCUUCUUCCUCCUACGCAUCGGCAUCAUCCUCAUCAACAUCGUCAUCGGCACUUCGUGCUCUGUCCCGACUCUGUUGUCCCUAUCCUCGAACAGAAGAGUAAUAGACAUCUGA